AUGGACAACUUGAUACCUAUUGUUAACAAGCUUCAAGAUGCGUUCACAUCGCUCGGCGUUCACAUGCAAUUGGAUUUGCCGCAGAUUGCCGUUGUUGGUGGUCAAUCGGCAGGAAAGAGUUCCGUGCUGGAAAACUUCGUGGGCAAAGAUUUUUUACCUCGCGGAUCCGGUAUUGUCACUCGUCGGCCUUUGAUUUUACAACUGAUCCACGGAGUUACCGAAUAUGGAGAAUUUCUCCAUUGCAAGGGGAAAAAGUUUGCGAAUUUUGAUGAGAUCAGAAAGGAAAUCGAGGAUGAAACGGAUCGUGUUACUGGUAGUAACAAAGGCAUCUCAAACAUUCCCAUUAAUUUGCGCGUUUAUUCGCCUCACGUACUCAACCUAACACUGAUUGAUUUGCCAGGUUUAACCAAAGUUGCAAUUGGUGACCAACCUGUGGACAUUGAGCAGCAAAUUAAGCAGAUGAUAUUCCAGUUUAUUCGCAAAGAGACAUGUCUUAUACUGGCCGUGACACCAGCUAACACCGAUCUGGCUAACUCAGAUGCUCUCAAGCUGGCCAAAGAGGUGGAUCCACAGGGUGUGCGGACCAUUGGUGUGAUAACAAAACUAGAUCUCAUGGACGAAGGGACAGAUGCGCGCGACAUCCUCGAAAAUAAGCUGCUUCCCCUGCGGCGCGGCUAUAUUGGUGUUGUCAAUCGUUCACAGAAGGAUAUAGAGGGGCGUAAAGACAUUCACCAAGCGUUGGCCGCUGAGCGCAAGUUCUUCUUAAGCCACGCUUCAUAUCGUCACAUGGCUGAUCGACUAGGCACUCCAUACUUACAGCGAGUUCUUAAUCAGCAGCUCACCAAUCAUAUACGCGACACAUUACCUGGAUUGCGUGAUAAAUUGCAGAAGCAGAUGCUAACCUUGGAGAAGGAGGUCGAGGAGUUCAAGCACUUCCAACCAGGCGAUGCCAGCAUUAAGACAAAGGCUAUGCUCCAGAUGAUACAGCAGCUUCAGUCUGACUUCGAACGGACUAUUGAAGGCAGUGGAUCGGCUUUGGUCAAUACAAACGAGCUCUCUGGUGGUGCCAAGAUCAAUCGCAUCUUUCACGAGCGUCUACGCUUCGAGAUUGUUAAGAUGGCCUGUGACGAAAAAGAAUUGCGGCGAGAGAUUUCAUUCGCCAUUCGCAAUAUUCACGGUAUUCGCGUCGGUCUCUUCACCCCGGACAUGGCUUUUGAGGCUAUUGUGAAGCGACAAAUAGCACUCCUAAAGGAACCGGUAAUCAAGUGCGUAGAUCUCGUUGUUCAAGAACUUUCAGUUGUUGUGCGCAUGUGCACCGCUAAGAUGGGUCGGUACCCACGCUUGCGUGAGGAAACGGAACGCAUUAUUACGACACACGUACGUCAACGCGAGCAUAGUUGCAAAGAGCAAAUUCUCCUUCUAAUCGAUUUUGAGCUGGCUUACAUGAAUACUAAUCACGAGGACUUUAUUGGUUUUGCUAAUGCUCAGAAUAAAUCUGAGAACGCAAAUAAAACAGGCACUCGUCAGCUUGGCAAUCAAGUUAUUAGAAAGGGCCACAUGGUGAUACAGAACCUUGGCAUAAUGAAAGGCGGUUCGCGUCCUUACUGGUUUGUGUUAACAUCUGAGAGCAUCUCCUGGUACAAAGAUGAGGAUGAAAAAGAAAAGAAAUUCAUGUUGCCAUUGGAUGGUUUAAAAUUGCGCGAUAUUGAACAGGGCUUUAUGUCAAUGUCUAGACGUGUUACCUUUGCUUUAUUCAGUCCUGACGGGCGCAAUGUUUAUAAGGACUAUAAACAACUGGAACUUUCCUGCGAAACGGUCGAAGACGUGGAGUCGUGGAAGGCUUCUUUUUUGAGAGCUGGUGUCUAUCCCGAGAAACAAGAGACCCAGGAGAAUGGGGACGAGGAAGGACAAGAGCAAAAAUCUACCAGUGAGGAAAGCUCCACCGAUCCCCAGUUGGAACGUCAGGUCGAAACCAUACGCAAUCUAGUUGACUCGUAUAUGAAGAUCGUUACAAAGACAACGCGGGAUAUGGUGCCCAAGGCAAUUAUGAUGCUCAUCAUAAAUAAUGCCAAGGACUUUAUCAACGGAGAGCUUUUGGCUCAUCUUUAUGCGUCUGGUGAUCAGGCACAAAUGAUGGAAGAGUCAGCUGAGUCAGCAACAAGACGAGAGGAAAUGUUGCGCAUGUAUCGUGCCUGUAAAGAUGCCUUGCAAAUUAUAGGGGACGUGUCCAUGGCAACUGUGUCAUCGCCAUUGCCGCCCCCGGUUAAAAAUGAUUGGUUGCCAAGUGGAUUGGAUAAUCCACGUCUGUCCCCACCAAGUCCGGGUGGUCCCCGUAAGCCAGCACCCACCGCACAGGGCUCAUUGGGUGGGCGGAAUCCCCCAUUACCACCGGCAACUGGACGCCCAGCGCCAGCUAUUCCCAAUCGCCCAGGAGGUGGUGCACCACCACUACCUGGUGGUCGACCAGGAGGCGCACUCCCUCCUCCAAUGCUACCUUCACGUCGCUAAGAUGGUGGUCAUACAUACAAUAUGCAGCUAAUUACAAACAUAGCAAUUUAUGUUUAACCUAUUAAUUCGCUCUCGCUUUAAUUAACCAAAUCAAAUUAAAACCUGUCGGCCCUGUCGGAAAUAGACUCUUCCUCUGGCAAAAAUGCGUAGUAAAGAAUAAGUUGAAAAGAAUAUUAGAAAAUGUUAUGCAUACAUAAGUAUGUAUGUAUGUAUGUAUGUAUAUCCGCCGCUUGAAUAUCAUAUAAAAGAGUAAUAUGCGAAGCACACUGAGUUAUAUUUAUGUAAAUUCACUUGAGAAGAGUUCUAGUACCAGUACUUCUUAGAUUGAAGAUAUCUAAAUUGCAUUGAUAUAAAGAGUAUUUGUUAAAUACAGUAUCAUACCUACAUAUGUAUGUACAUAUACAAAUUGAUAUACAUAUGUAUGUAUGUAUGUAUGAAUAAAGAUCCCAAUCCAAUUUUUACAGUGAAUCAAAAAUAUUUACGCACACCACCAUACAAUUUGAGCGAACGUUUGCAAAAAUGCCCAUUUAUAACUAUUUCGGUCGGAUAUUUGAUUUAGUAAAAAUAUUAAAUAAAUUAACGCAAAUAUCUAAAUUAUUAGUACCCUUACAUGCAUAUAUACAAUUUGUUAAAUCUACCCAAUGUUAUAAAAUAAAUAUAGAUAAUUUAUAAUGAAAGAAAACGAUAUUAAACAAAAAUUUACUACACGCUAUACGGAGAAAAGAAGAUCAAAUAUCCCAAAACACCAAGAAAUACAGUUUUGGAACUUCUUUAAAAAUUGUCAAAUUAGUGUUGGGAGCAAUUUGUAGCAGGACAAGAAUAAAGUACCCAAAUACCUCAAAAUCAGUCAAAUAUUUAUUUAUAAAAACUUCUUUCCCAAGAUCAAUAUAAUUAGGCAGGCUGCGGUUUUCACUUUAUAUUUUUCGUUUGUUUUAAACAACACUUUUCAUUGUCGAGCGAACAGCUGCAGCAGCCCGUUUCGGUUUUCGUUGCAUCAUGUUAAAAUCUUUGCUACACAUAAUGCAAUGGAACAAGAGAAAAUAUCGUAUUUUCGCUAUAAAACGAAAAUUACGCGUCUUGAUGAAAACGUUAAACGCAAAAGAAAGUGAAAGCAGAAGCCUGCCUAAUAUGGGUGUUUGAGAAAGAAAUCAAUUGUUUGAAUAACAUCAACAAUGAAGUAUUUGAAGAAUAUUACUCUGAACGUUUCAAAUUAAAGUACAUCUUGUACCUAUUUGAUCCCAAAAAAGGAUGACUUAAAAGGAAAAAAACGUAUGGAUAUAUCAGAUAUCUUCCAGUACUUAGAGUAUUCGAUAGUAAAUCGCAUCAAAAUCUAACUGUUGAAGUUUAGUUAUGUUGAAAUCAACCCAAAUGUGGAAUAUACAACACGAUUCAUCUUUCCAGACCCGAUCUAAGUCAUAAAUAUUUGAGACAAUUUUGGGGUCAAAAUAGUUUUGAAACUCAUGGUGUGCUCAAACUUAAUUGAUUCACUGUACAUGCAUUCGUCAGAAAUAUUCCGAUUUGAAUGGCAAAUGCUCAAAAAAAAAUACAUAUUAACUAUUUGCACGAAGAGAUCUAGUAACAAUAUGCAUACUAAAGAUGUACAUAUAUCAAACUCUGUAUAUCUAUCUCUCUCUUUAUCAAAGAUUAUAUACCUAAUAAUAUGUUAAAGUACAAACAAAUUUAAAUAAUCUGCAUAUGGGCAUUUCCAUUGCAUCAUGUUUAAGCCUAGUACUCAGAUUAACAAAAUCUUCCGUCGACCGAAUCAGUUAUGAUAUUGGAAUGGAAACGAUAAAAAUUGAAGCCUGUAUUUCGGUCGACCGAAAAGGUAGCAGCAGGUGCUUAGAAGACGAGUACUCAGUUCGGGAAAAAGACAAGUCGAUGAAUACUGGAAAGGGUAAUAAAUUCCCUGAUUUGGUCGACUAAAAGUUAAGCUGAUCCGAGUACUGCUCUCUAUCUGAGUACCAGGCUUUAAAGUGAAAAAGUCACAUGAAUUGGGAUUUGUAUUAAGACAAUUUAGUUUAACUUUUACUUCUUAAUUAGCCCUUCAAUUGGUGCUAAGGUUGAUUUUCUUCAAUUGUUUGUACUCAAGAUAGUUCAAGAAAACCAAAGCAUUCGUACCGGAGAAACACUUAAAUGGGUUUUCGAGCAUUUUUUAAUGUGACUAAUUUUAGAACGUUUUGUAAUUUUAAUAAGUGCCUACAAAUACCGAAAAAGCUUUUUGGGCUGUUAGCCUUUAAUAAACCACCAUAGCAAAAACGCUGUAAUUUCUGUCUUGCUAACAUAAAUAUAAAAGCAUAACUAUACAAUGGAUUUGGAUAAGAUCAACCAGCAACCAUAACUCCGUAACCUCUAAUGUUCGGCAGUUCCGCUGCGCUCCCCUUAAUAAAGUGCGCUCACCACCUGACGCUUCGGCUGUAACUGGGAUCGGCUGACGUUGCCGUAGUCAGCUGGAUAUAGUGAAAUGCCAAUCUCUCGCAGAAUAUGUUGCAUAGUGAACCCUAUUGUCGCAUAUUUAUCUAGCCGGGCGAAA